AUGACUGAAAAUAUAUCUCAAAUUCCUAACCCUUUGAUAAUGAUAUAUCCUUCCCCUAAACUGAAACAAUACCUCAGAAUGUGUCAAGGAAUAUUUAGAAUAAGGGGUGAUAAAUCAGACUCAAAAGGUGAUAUUCCAUAUCUUCUGGAUGAAGAUCCAGAAAUUAUUGAAAAAUUGAAAUGCAACAGUAAAAACAACUUCAGGGACUUAACAAUGAAGUAUACAGACCUAAAUGAUUUAAAGUGUCUUUCUCUACAAGACAUCUGUGAUCUAUACAAAUUUAUUCUAAAUGAAAAUAAUACAAAAGACAGAAAGGUUUAUUUGCAUGAACUUUUGGAGGGAUCACAUAUUAUCUUACCUCAAAAUAAAAUUGUUCCAAGAAAUAAAGAAUUACAGAAAAGAUGCGAAGAGCUCAGGAAUAAAGAGAACAAUAGAAAAUAUCAAGAAAUGACUAAGAAUGUAGAAAAUGCAAAGAGACUCUAUCAUGAUGAUAAAAUAAAGUGGCAAAUGGAACAAAUGGACAAGAAAUUGAUAACAAUUUUUCAAUUUAUAGUAUCUUUAGUUGCAGGUUUUUUGUUUGGAUUUACAGGCAUAGAAUUAAUAACAGGCAGCUUAGACCUUGGUUUUAGAUUAAUACUAGGCAUUAUUUGUGCAUCCACAGUUGCACUAGCAGAACUAUACUUUCUUGCAAAAAAGCUGAAUGAUGACAUUUAA